CGCGUCAGGAAGGUGGUUUUUAAAUUGUUUUUAGUAGAGCGCAUCUCUGUAAGGACCUGGUUUGGGCGACUGUGUGUUCUGCUGGCUGCACACCCCUGAGGGAGGACACCUAAACACACCAGAAGCAAGGAAUGGAGCCAGUGACCUUUGAGGAUGUGACUGUGAACUUCACCUCAAGAGAGUGGACUAUGUUGGAUCCCAGUCAAAAGAAGCUCUACAGAAAUGUGAUGAAGGAAACAUUUCUGAACCUGAUCUCUAAAAUACACUAGAAGAAAGUAGUGAAGAUGAUGACCACAUCGAACUCAGCAGAAAUCCAGGAAGCCAAGUGGUUGAGGAAGGCCAUGAAUAUGAAUGUGGUAAUCAUUGUCAUGGAAACCGGGAACCUGUUCCAGAGAAUAUGGUUAAUAAAGACACGACUCCUGCAAAAACAGUAAAUGACAGCAGAUCGCAUGUAGGCAACAUAAUUGGACAUUCGCCCUCACAAGUGUAUGUCAGAGACAAAGCUAGAGGGGAAGACUCUCAAUGUCAGGAAACUGUGGCAAAGCCUUGUAUACAUCAGAAAGAUCUGGAAAAUAGUCCUGAACCACUUCAGGUACUUCAAACGGUACUUCAAACGUCUAGAGAGAAACCGUAUAAACGGCAACGGUAUGAGGGAGCAGGUAGCAGUCUUGCUUCCUGUCGGUCUCAUGAGAGCACACAAGGCAGAGAGGAACUCAACUGGACCAUGCUAAGGAGAUGCACAUGUGGCCAGAAAAAUGAUGGACUCCAUACAGAAUUGAAACCAUAUGAGCAUAAGCGCUGUGAAGAAGCCUUCCUCGAGUCCAGUAGCCUCAUCAACCAUGGAAAAUGUCAUAUCGGAGAGAAGACUUACAUUUGUAAGCAGUGUGGAAAAACCUUCAAGUAUGCAAAGAGUUUUGAGAAACAUAAAGUAACUCACGCAGAAAUGAAGCCUUAUGCAUGUAAGCAUUGUGGGAAAGCCUCCACCCGCUCCGGUAAUCGUAACGUUCAUGAGAGCAGCCACUCUGCAGACAAGCCCUAUGCGUGUAAUCAUUGUGGGAAAGCCUUCACAAGUUGCAGUUGGCGUAACACUCAUGAAAGGGCACACAAUAUGAAGAAGCCCCUUGCAUGUAGGCACUGCGGGAAAACUUUUACCAUACCUAGUCUGCGUAACAUCUAUGAAAUAAUUCACAAGGUAAAGAAGUCUUAUGCCUGUAAGCAUUGUGAGAAGUCGUUCAACAGUUCCAAGCGCUGUAAAAUUCAUGAAAACACACACACUAGAGAGAAGGUUUAUGCAUGUAUGCAUUGUGAGAAAACCUUCACCAGUUCUUAUUAUCGUAAUAUUCAUCAAAGAAUCCACACCGGAGAGAAGCCUUACUCGUGUAAGCACUGUGGCAAAGCCUUCACCCGCUCCCUUUAUCGUAACAGGCACGAAAGAAUUCACACCGGAGAGAAGCCUUAUGCGUGUGAGCAUUGUGCAAAAACCUUCUCUACUUCUUAGUAUGCUAACAUUCAUGAAGGAAUUCACUCUGGAAAGAAACCUAGCACAUGUCAGCACUGUGGAAAAGCCUUCAGUAGUUCUUUUCGUCUUAAUAGGCAUGAAAAAACUCACUCUGAAAAGAAGCCAUAUGCGUGUAAGCAUUGUGGGAAAGCCUUCACUUCAGCCAGUUACCAUGACAUUCAUGAAAGGGGUCACACUGGAGAGAAGCCUCACUACAUAUGUAAGCAUUGUGGGAAAACUUUCGCCACUUCCACUUGGCGUGACACUCAUGAAAGACUUCAUACGAGACAGUAGGCUAAUGAAUGCAAACAUGUGGGAAGGCCCUCGAAAGUUCCAUGGCCACAGGAAUCAGGAAAGGAUUCACACUGCCGAGAAACUGUCUAUUACCAUGUGGGAAACUGUUCCGUUGUUCUCAUCAUUCAACCAAGUAUAACAUCUCACAUUGGAGAGGAAUGUUACCACUGCGGAAAAACCUUCACUACUUCAAGUGUCUAUGACAGUCAUGGAACAACUCACACUAGAUAGAAGCCUUGUGCAUAUAAGCACCGUGCAAAAGCUCUCAGCAGUUGCAGCUGCGGUAAAAGUCAUUAAAGAAAUUCAGCCUGAAGACAAGCCUUGAAGGCGUAACUGUGGGGAAAAGCCUCGAGCAGCCAUAGUUCCUAUUGCAUUCAUAAAAUAAUUUCACAGUGGAGGGGAACUUGAUGCUUGGAACAAAUGUGGGAAAUAAUUCAGUGUUUAGAAGCACCGUCCAUGCAAGCAGUGUGUGCCUGCAUGUCUGUGUUUCUCGUCCCUUCAAGAACCUAUACUAUCUCACGGUGCAAAGAAAUGCAGCAGGGAGAACUUGUACCAGUAGUAUUUCUGUGACACUGCAUUUGGCAACUUGCCCCUGUUGUGAGUUUGAAGGAAGAAUGUGUUUGGACCAUGAGCUCUGUCAGCUAAUAAUGGUUCUUGUUCAAAACGUGAUCAUUUAGGUUACCCUGUCCUGUGCUCUCUCUCUGCUCACGUGAGUUCUUGGCUGUUCUGCCACCAUAGUUUACUCCAUCAUUACAGCCUCUAACCUUCUGUCACUGUCAGCCCAAUAUAAUCCUUCCAUUUAAAAGUUACUUCAGUAUUCGUGACUUGUCACAGCUAUUAAAAAAAAAGAAGAAGAAGAAAAAAAAGCUUGGUGCUUUUGGUACAAACAACCAAAUGAAAUUUUUAUUGCAGAACUAUGAAACUGCUGGGUGUCAUUUUAAAUGAGAUAAAAGUCGUGAAACUUUUUCGUGUACUUAAAGCUCAUAUAAGAAAUAAAUAUGUUGCAGAAGUUAGUCUAGAAUGUUUGGAAAAUGAUCAGGUGAAAGAAGUGCACUCAAAUUGGAGCAUUUUUAUCUUUGGCCCAGUCCUACCCAGGAGUUUCAUGGAUUGUUUAUUAGGAAGGCAAUAUGAGAUUUUUCUGUGGUGACUCCAGCUGACCUUUUCACAUCUGAAGAGUUGAGGCUAGGACAGUCGAGAAGAAGAGGUUUGUCUUUCUGA